GUGAGUCAUGUACAUGUUACUGAGUCAAACAUACAGAUAUCAUUGUAAUUAAAUAUUCCAAAAAGUAAAGCUUCAUAAAACAUAUAUAAUUGUGCCUAUUAGUUUGGAGUUUACUUCAAAAACUUAUUUUCAAAUUAUGGGGUUUGUUAUUAUAAAUAUAAAGGUCAUCUUUAAACAGGAAACAACUGAUCAAUAAAUUAAAAUGGAAUAACUUAUCACUUAAAGGUUAUCUUUUGGUUUAAUGUAUUUUUUUAUCUUGCUGUCGAAAACUAAAGCCUAUUAAGAUUUGACCGUAGGUGAACUUCACAACACCAUCCUCAAACUAGUGCAGAGAGGCUUAGAUCAUGUUUUUAUUUAAUUUUUUAGUUUUAACUAUACUAUGUGUGAAAUGUCAAGGAGUGUAUAUCAAUGGAAAGGAAUAUGAUGAGUAUCAUUUUUCGAAAAACGGAGUCUCCCACAGAAUUCUUCACCAGAAACGUUUUUCAUCGUUGCCUUGGGUAGUACGAAGUGUGUACAACAAAACAUACUUAACUACUGGAUGGGACUCAUUUGAUCUGGAGACGAACCCUGAGGUGGAUGACAAUGAACAAGCAUUCCUUGCCGGAUACCUGGAGGGUGCGGAGACUCAAGAGGCCAUUUACGACCACUACUUCAAUACCGUCAGGUCUACGUGUGACGACAAGACAGAACUGUGCCAGCGAAUCAACCACUAUUUGGAUACCAACAUUGAAUGGAUCAAGGGAAUGGUGGAGCAACAUGCUGCCAAUGACCCCUACUGGAAUCAGGUGAACUUAUUCUACCUCCAAAUGGCUGGAAUUGUUUUCGGUUACAACAGCGUUGCGCCUAGAGACAAAAUAUUAACAGUCAGAGAUAUUAUGUGGAUCAACUUCAAUUGGGAUUUUGGAGAUUUAGAGUCUGCAAUGAAGAACGAGACAAACAAAGUUCUGAAGGGCAACAGUCACUGUUCCGCACUGAUCAAACUGCUGAGGUCAAAGUCUGAUAUUCUGGUCGCACAUAACUCCUGGACUGGGUACGAGACUAUGAGAAGGAUAAUGAAGCGUUAUUAUCUGCCAUACAAGAACGUGACAGGAACUAUGGUGAGUUUCUCAGGUUAUCCCGGAACCCUGGUAUCUGGCGAUGAUUUCUACAUCAUCAACUCUGGUCUGGUGGUGCAGGAGACAACCAACGACAACAACAAUGCCUCACUCUGGGCAUACGUUCGUCCAACGGGGCAGGUGCUGGAGGUGAUCCGUGUGACAGUAGCCAACCGUCUGGCCGGUGGUGGCCGCAGCUGGACCAAGAUAUUCUCCCAGUACAACAGUGGCACUUACAACAACCAGUGGAUGGUGGUGGACAUGAAUAAGUUCUCGCCUGGAUCAGUGAAGCCAGAGCUGCUGUGGAUUCUGGAACAGAUGCCGGGAUACAUCCGAGCAGAAGAUCAGACUGAUGCCUUAACUGCUCAGAGUUACUGGGCCAGCUACAACAUCCCGUUCUAUCCUGACGUUUAUAACAUGAGCGGCACCCAGGCACUGGCUGACAAGUAUGGAGACUUCUUCAUCCAUGACAAGUGCCCAAGAGCUCGGAUAUUCAAGAGGGACCAUGAGAAGGUAUUGAAUGCCCACACGAUGAUGCAAUUGAUGCGAUCUAAUGACUUCCAACACGACCCCUUGUCUCGGUGCAACUGCAGUCCACCCUAUAGCACUGAGAACGCAAUUGCUGCAAGGAAUGACCUCAACUUGAUCAACGGUACGUAUCCGUUCCCUGCUUUGAGCCACCGCUCAUACGGAGCCAUCGACGCCAAAGUUACCAGCUACAAACUGUCCCAGAGCUUGAGCCUGUGGGCUGUCAGUGGCCAUAGCACCGGGGCUCACCUCCCACCCUUCCGUUGGAGCACUUCCGACUUCAACCGUAGUCUGCCUCACCGGGGACACCCCGACUUGUUCAACUUCCAGCCCGUUCUCUUCUCCUGGCCAUCCCAACAACGGACUGACUGAUCUCAUACAUUUGUAUAUUUAUGUAAAUCAUGGGCUAUAAUUAGUACUUCUUGUUCUUUACAUAAAAAAUGUCACUGGGAUAUCUAAAAAAAUAUGAAACUUCUCCUGGA